GGUGAUCAUGGAGACUUGGACCUCAAGGCCUGGGGAGAGAGCUGUCCGCUCUCAAGCCUCAGCCCUUUCUCAGGAUGGGGAGGACAAGACCGAGUUUCAGGUGGGUUGAAAUCUCUUUUCUCUCCAGAAAUAACACGCCAGGCAUCAGAGUGUAAAAAUAUCCCCCUCCCUUGGUAAAAGGGAACAGAGAAAACAAUGUAUUGGGUGAGUAAUGACAUUGCUCAUUGCAUUUAUCCACAAAGUAGCCAUGUGAGAGAGAUGAUAGGGUCCGGGGUUAGAAAGGAAGAAAUGAGCAGGGAAUCCUGGAUUUGAACCUGGGUCGGUAUGGCUGUAAUUUGCCAUUCUUCUCUACAUGCUCCUCCCAAUAAAUAAUCAUCUCAUCUCAGGGCCUGAGCCUAAAUUAUGCAGAGAGGUGACUCUCCAGAUAAUGAAUUCUUCUUCUCUUAGUUUUUCUCCUCUGUGGACCUUUCUGUGAUUCAUUUACAGAUGUUAUAGUCUCCAGAUUAUACACCCUACCAAAAAGUACCCCAUGAACAAGGUUAAAAGAGAGCAUAAUCAGGGAAAAGACAUUUCAUCUAUGACAAAAUUAUAAAUUAUAGUAUCUUUAUUUUUGAAAGAGAGUUUCAAAUGCCCAAGCAUUCUUGUUCAGAAAGGAAGAAAAGAAGAAACACAAUUGGCCAAUAAUUAUAUGAAAAGACGAUCAACCUCUAUUAGUCAAAGCAGUACAAAUUCAAACAAGGUAGGAUUCUUUUUUUUUUUUAGCAGAUGACCAAAGAUUUGAAAGAUCAGCAUUCACUGUGAACCCAAUGGAGAAACAGGAGCCAUUGACCUUCAGGGACGUGGCGGUGGUCUUCACCGAGGAGGAGCUGAGGCUGCUGGACCGCACCCAGAGGAAGUUGUACCGAGACGUGAUGCUGGAGAACUUUAGGAACCUGCUCUCUGUGGGAGACAAGAAUGAAAAGGAAAUGGAGUAUAUUCAAGAAAGAGAAUUGAAGUGCCUUUCCUCCAGAGAGCUCUCCUACUGGAAAAUCUGGGAACAGGUGACUGGUGAAUUAACUGGGAGUCAGGAUCAUAGAGUAAAUCUUCAAGGGAAAAGUUUCCAGUUCUCGGAAGACACUUCUCCCUGCCAAGGGUGGGAAGGAGCACCUGCUCGGGGUUCACACAUUGACCAUCUGGUGGGCAGUCUACAGAGACCCAUCGGCUCAGAAAAUCAAGAGUUUCCACCCUGGAAAGCUGUAAGACGGGUAUCCGCUCAAGAUUCUUGGAUGAAAGCCUUUGUGAAUGAGCCGUGGAACAUUCGCGAAAGGUGUAAAAAACUUGACAGGCCUGAUACAAUAUAUAAGCAUGAGGGGGACAGUUACGGCUUCAGCUGGAUAGCACGUUGUCACGAUGACCGCAGAUUACCCGAAAGAGAGAGACCCUGUAAUUGCGGUCAGUGUGGAAAGGACGGCGUUAAAAAGCUGAUACUUCAUCGCCCUAGCCCCCAGGAGUAUGAUCGGAGAAGAAAUGACUGCGGACACGGCUUCAGGGAAGAGUCACACCUUCCCACUCAUCCAAGAGGGCCCUCGAGAGAGAAACCCCAUAACAACGAGUUCGGUCCGGCCUUGAGGCCGACCGCCCACCUCGAGAGACCUCAAAGGGCUCCCUCGGGCGAGAAAGCCUCUGAAAGUCCGGAGUGCGGCCGGGGCCCAAGGCCGAAGCCGCGGCGGCCCAGCCGGCCCCGGGCCCCUGCGGGGGACAUGCCCUACAGCUGCGACGUGUGCGGGAAGGGCUUCCGGUACCAGUCGAUCCUCCUCGUUCACCAGGGCGUGCACACGGGCAAGAAGCCCUACGCGUGCGAGGAGUGUGGGAAGGCCUUCGGCCGCAGCUCCAACCUGCUGGUGCAUCAGAGGGUGCACACGGGCGAGAAGCCCUACAAGUGCGGCGAGUGCGGCAAGGGCUUCAGCUACAGCUCGGUGCUGCAGGUGCACCGGCGGCUGCACACGGGCGAGAAGCCGUACGCGUGCGGCGAGUGCGGCAAGGGCUUCUACGCCACGUCGGCGCUGCGCAAGCACCAGCACGCGCACCCCGGGGAGCAGCCCUACGGCCGUGCGCGCGGCGGCCAGGCCUUCACGUGCGGCUCGCAGCUCGGCAGGCACCCGAAGGCGCACGCGGGCCAGAAGCCCUACCGGUGCGACAAGUGCGACAAGGGCUUCAGCUACAACUCGUACCUGCAGGCGCACCAGCGCGUCCACACGGGGCAGCGGCUCUUCGAGUGCGACGUGUGCGGCAAGAGUUUCAGCUACAGCUCGGGGCUCCUCCGGCACCAGAGGCUGCACACGGGCGAGAAGCCGUACAAGUGCGAGUGCGGGAAGGCCUUCGGCCGCAGCUCGGACCUGCACGUCCACCAGCGGGUGCACACGGGCGAGAAGCCCUACAAGUGCGCCGAGUGCGGCAAGGGCUUCCGGCGCAACUCAGACCUGCACAGUCACCAGCGGGUCCACACGGGCGAGCGGCCCUUCGUGUGCGGCGCGUGCGGGAAGGGCUUCAUUUACAGCUCCGACCUCCUCAUCCACCAGAGGACCCACACGGGCGAGAAGCCCUACAAAUGCGCCGAGUGUGGCAAAGGCUUCAGUUACGGCUCGGGGCUCCUCAUCCACCAGAGGGUCCACACGGGCGAGAAGCCGUACAAAUGCGAAGAGUGCGGCAAGGGCUUCCGGUGCACCUCGAGCCUCUACAAGCACCAGCGGAUCCACACGGGCAAGAAGCCCUACACGUGUGAGCAGUGCGGCAAGGGCUUCAGUUACGGCUCCAAUCUCCGCACCCACCAGAGGCUGCACACGGGCGAGAAACCCUACACGUGCUUUGAAUGCGGCAAAGGCUUCAGAUACGGCUCGGGGCUCCUCAGUCACAAGAGGGUGCACACCGGGGAGAAGCCGUACAGAUGCGACGUGUGCGGCAAGGGCUACAGUCAGAGCUCACACCUUCAGGGUCAUCAGAGGGUGCACACGGGCGAGAAGCCCUACAAAUGUGAGGAGUGCGGGAAGGGCUUUGGCCGAAGCUCCUGUCUUCACGUGCACCAGAGGGUGCACACGGGCGAGAAGCCCUACACGUGUGCGGAGUGCGGCAGGGGCUUCAGCUACAGCUCGGGCCUGCGGAACCAUCAGCGAGUGCACGGGAAUGAGAAACCUGGCAAGUAGGCGAGCGUUCAGGUGGCACCGCGAACUGUCCACUCCACCCGAGCGCCAGUGCGGGAGGAAGCCUUUGGGAACGCGGCGGUGUGUAGGGUCGGCUGCGGGGGGAGGCUGACCUGGUCACGCGGCCCUUGCUGCAGAGGAAGGAAAGACCCAGAAGUUCGAGAGACGGGAAGAGCACUUGAGUCGCAGGCCUCCUCGUCUCCGAGAGUCUGUCGCGCGGCGGACUGUCCUUCAGGAAGUAGGACGGGGCCUCAGCAGAGAUCGUCACUCUCAUCAGAGUCGGCCCAGGAGGGAGCUUUUAUAAAUGAUAGGAGCAGGUUGUGGACGUGGAUUCCUGGGUGGGGGUGGGGGUGGGUGGAAAAUACCUACAGAUGGGACAAAUGUAGGAAAGAAUGGUCACCUUACUAAAACCAGUAUUGUGUGUACCUUUUAGAAGAUCAGUUUUACAGAAAUCCAAAGAUGGUGUUACUGUGGGUUGAGGCCAGGCGCUUUUAGAAGAGCAGGAACAGUUAGAGGGAGGGCCCCCCUCUUGGUGGGUGUGGGUGAUGCGUCUCCAUCACGUUUUUUAUGCCACGGGGUGGUGAAUGUGUUUUAUCUCCUAGAGAUAAACUGCUCUCCUAGAGAGGUUGUGCUGAACUGCGGAGCCAUUUCAUUUUAUCAGGUUUGUUCUGUUUUGUUUUGAAGUAGGCUCCAUGCCCAGCACGGAGCCCACCGUGGGGCUUGAACUCACGACCCCG